AUGGUGUUUGGUGUUUCUUAUAGAUUCCCGACUAAGGGAAGUGCUACAAAAGGUGAAUUGAAAACGAAAUUCGGUAAAAUUGCAGACCAAAUUAUCAACCCAAAAUGGACAUUAAUUGAUCCAGAUUCAAAAAAAAAGAUAAAUGAUUCCGACCCAUCCGAUAACACGGUAAAAGAGAAUGAUGAAAAUCAAAUACAACCAAGUACACCAAAUAAUGAUAACGAAGGAAGACCCAAGAAAAACAAUAAAAGAAGGCGUAAGAAAUCAAAUAAUAAAGGAAAAAGUAAUAAAAGAAAACAAAAUAAUAUAAGACGUAAUGGAAGACGUAAUGGAAGACGUAAUGGAAGACACAGAUGGUACAAAAUGGUUACAGUGGAUUAUUUACUAUUAAAUAAUAACCAAUUAAUACGGAAAAAAAGAGAUUACAAUAAUACAUUUGAACUUCAAAAUAAAUUACAAACCAAAAAUGUUAAACAGGAAGAUUUGAAAGAAAAUGAAAAAGAUAAAUUAAAUAUCGAAGCAAACGCAAACGAUCAUAGUCAAGAAGAAGAAAGACAAAAUGAAAAAUUAGAAAAUGAACAAAAUGUUAAAAAGAAGAAAAUUUAUAAAACCCUUGGAAAGUCCAGAGGCCCCAAUAGUUAUGAUAAGGAAUUAAGUCUAACUGACAAUUUAGAAGACGAUGAAAAUAGUAUGAACAGUAAUAGUAUUGAAAAUAGCAAUGAAAACAUGAACUUUUUAAAUUUAAAAAAUUCAAAUAAAAACAAAUUUCACCACUUUCUAAAAAAUAAAAUACAUCCGACAAAUAAAUCACGAAACAAACUAAGGCGCCCAAACUAUGCACAAAAACUAGGUAAAACUCCAGGCAACAAUUAUAGUAAAACGGAAAGAUCACCACUGACAACUGUUAAACAAAAGCCUGACAGUUCAAAGAACUUAACAAAAAUAUCAAAAUAUCAACCAAAAUUGACCACAAAAGGAAACGCUGACACUGCCACCGACAUCCCUGAACUCAGUGAAAUUGAUUCAAUGAUGAAUGAAAUGAACUCAAAUACAGAUGAAAAUUUAGAUAGUCAGAAUAAUGACUUAUAUACAUCAUCAAUAGAUACACAACUAGAAAUUCCAAAUUACAGCGAUAUUGCAGAUAAUAAAGAAUGGGAGAUUUUGAACAAUAUAAGACAUCCAGUAAAAUCUAAAUCAAAAAAAAAAGGAAAAAUACAGCCACAUGAAAAUAAAAAACACCAAAACCAAAAUAAACAAAAGAUAACUAAACCGAUAGCAUCAAAAACUAUUAACGAAAAAGGAUCAAAUCAGAAAACAAUUAAACUAAACUCGCCAAACACAAAGGAUAUACUGAUAAUAUCAUAUGAUGAACCAGAAAAUACAACAAAAGUAAACUCUGAUACUGCCGAAAACAUCCCUGAACCUGAUGAAAUUGAUACUAUAAUGAAUGCAUUGGACUCGAAUUCCGAUGAAAAACUAGAUGACCAGACUAAUGGAUCAUAUCCAUCGUCAUUAGAAACAAAACAGGAAAUUCCAAAUUACAGCGAUAUCGAAGAUAUUAAAGAACAUGAUAUUUUAAACAAUAUAAAGCAUCCGUCAAAACCUAAAUCUAAAAAGUUGAUAAAAAACCAGUCAGAUGAUAAUGAUGUAAUACCAAAAAAGUUAAAACAAAAAUUAACUCCAUCGUUAGAAUCAAAUAAUAAUAACGAAAAAGGACCUCUACAGAAAUCUAUUAAGCCACUCGCACCAAAUUUAAACGAAAUACCAAUAAAAACAAAUGACGUACCAAAACUAACCACAUUAGGAAAUUAUGAUAAAUUAAUAAACCCCCCAGAACAGGAGGAAAUCGAUAAUUUAAUGGAUGCAAUGGCCUCGAAUUCCGAUGAAGAACUAGAUGACCAGACCAAUGGAUCAUAUCCAUCGUCAUUAGAAACAAAACAGGAAAUUCCAAAUUACAGCGAUAUCGAAGAUAUUAAAGAACAUGAUAUUUUAAACAAUAUAAAGCAUCCGUCAAAACCUAAAUCUAAAAAGUUGAUAAAAAACCAGUCAGAUGAUAAUGAUGUAAUACCAAAAAAGUUAAAACAAAAAUUAACUCCAUCGUUAGAAUCAAAUAAUAAUAACGAAAAAGGACCUCUACAGAAAUCUAUUAAGCCACUCGCACCAAAUUUAAACGAAAUACCAAUAAAAACAAAUGACGUACCAAAACUAACCACAUUAGGAAAUUAUGAUAAAUUAAUAAACCCCCCAGAACAGGAGGAAAUCGAUAAUUUAAUGGAUGCAAUGGCCUCGAAUUCCGAUGAAGAACUAGAUGACCAGACCAAUGGAUCAUAUCCAUCGUCAUUAGAAACAAAACAGGAAAUUCCAAAUUACAGCGAUAUCGAAGAUAUUAAAGAACAUGAUAUUUUAAACAAUAUAAAGCAUCCGUCAAAACCUAAAUCUAAAAAGUUGAUAAAAAACCAGUCAGAUGAUAAUGAUGUAAUACCAAAAAAGUUAAAACAAAAAUUAACUCCAUCGUUAGAAUCAAAUAAUAAUAACGAAAAAGGACCUCUACAGAAAUCUAUUAAGCCACUCGCACCAAAUUUAAACGAAAUACCAAUAAAAACAAAUGACGUACCAAAACUAACCACAUUAGGAAAUUAUGAUAAAUUAAUAAACCCCCCAGAACAGGAGGAAAUCGAUAAUUUAAUGGAUGCAAUGGACUCGAAUUCCGAUGAAAAACUAGAUGACCAGACCAAUGGAUCAUAUCCAUCGUCAUUAGAAACAAAACAGGAAAUUCCAAAUUACAGCGAUAUCGAAGAUAUUAAAGAACAUGAUAUUUUAAACAAUAUAAAGCAUCCGUCAAAACCUAUAUCUAAAAAGUUGAUAAAAAAGCAGUCAGAUGAUAAUGAUGAACUACCAAAAAAGUUAAAACAAAAUUUAACUCCAUCGUUAGAAUCAAAUAAUAAUAACGAAAAAGGACCUCUACAGAAAUCUAUUAAGCCACUCGCACCAAAUUUAAACGAAAUCCCAAUAAAAACAAAAGACGUACCAAUACUAACCACAGGAGGAAAUUAUGAUAAAUUAAUAAACACCCCAGAACAGGAGGAAAUCGAUAAUAUAAUGAACACAAUGAACACGAUUUCUGAUGAAAAACAUAAUGAUUGUAAUAAUGUAUUACAUCUAUGGAAAUUUCCAAUGGAAAUCAAACAACCGUCACAUACAGCUUUCAAUAAUAAUAUUCUUCAUGAGAUAAUUAAUCCAAAACCUUUUGAAUUAAAAACUGGGAAACAUAUACCCGAUGAUGAUAAUUCAAUUGUUUUAGUUCCCAAGACGAAUAAACGUCCAAAUUCUGAAAAAGGAUUAUCAAGCGAUGAAAUUGUUGAUAAGAAAAGUAAAAUGGACAUUGAUGGUAUACUUCAUAAUGUACCCAAACCAAAUCCUUUUGAAACGGAACCUUUGAAGGAUAUAUCCAAUGAUGAUGCUGUUAAUGGUAAAAUUAACGUUAUACCUACUAAAAGUAUUUUGAAAGACGAUAAAGAUAUUUCUCAUAAUAUACCUGAGAAUCCAAAAAUAAAUGAUCUAGUCGAUAAAUCUGUUCCAAGUUCAAUUGAGGAAUUAUUAAAAAGUCCCAUAGAUGGAGAUGGCUUACAACUACCUUCAAUAAACUUUGAUGAAACACCUAUUAAACCGAUUGAAAAACAUGACAAGAGUCUACCAAACUUAGAAGACUAUAAUAUUGCAUUUUCAAUUCCACAUGACCACAAUAGUCAAAAUAUUGUAGAAAAAAAUAAAUCUAUGGAAAAAUUAAAUCCCAAUUCAAAGGCAAUAAUCGAAAAACCUAAUAUUACUGAAGAAUCUAUUUCUAAUAAACACGAUAAACCAAAUGUUCAUGGUAAACCCGAAUCUAUAGGUAAUCCUGGAAAGGAUAUCGAAAUAUUAGACAUUUCGGACGAUUACAACAACUUGGGUGGUAUUACAAUGGAAGAUUCUGAUUUGAAAAAAAUUGAUGAUAAAUCACCAACUAUAAAAGGCAAACAAGAUAAGAGGAUAACGAAAAAGAAUAAAUCGAAUCCCAAAGUUAAUUACAAGUCAACUAAACCAGAGAUAGCUGAUAGUAUUGGUCAUAUGAAUUUCACUGAUGUUGAGUCAGAUGAUCAAUCAUCGUUUAUUAGUGAUCAUUCAAAUGAAAAGGCCAAAGAAGUGAAACCAAGUGAUAAAUCAAUUGUUUUAGUUCCCAAGACGAAUAAACGUCCAAAUUCUGAAAAAGGAUUAUCAAGCGAUGAAAUUGUUGAUAAGAAAAGUAAAAUGGACAUUGAUGGUAUACUUCAUAAUGUACCCAAACCAAAACCUUUUGAAACGGAACCUUUGAAACCUAUAUCCAAUGAUGAUGUUGUUGAUGGUAACGUUUACGUUAUACCUGCUAAAAGUAUUUUGAAAGACGAUAAAGGUAUUUCUCAUAAUAUACCUGAGAAUCAAAAAAUAAAUGAUCUAGUCGAUAAAUCUGUUCCAAGUUCAAUUGAGGAAUUAUUAAAAACUCCCAUAGAUGGAGAUAGCUUACAACUACCUUCAAUAAACUUUGAUGAAACACCUAUUAAACCGAAGGAAAAACAUGACAAGAGUCUACCAAACUUAGAAGACUAUAAUAUUGCAUUUUCAAUUCCACAUGACCACAAUAGUCAAAAUAUUGUAGAAAAAAAUAAAUCUAUGGAAAAAUUAAAUCCCAAUUCAAAGGCAAUAAUCGAAAAACCUAAUAUUAAUGAAGAAUCUAUUUCUAAUAAACACGAUAAACCAAAUGUUCAUGGUAAACCCGAAUCUAUAGGUAAUCCUGGAAAGGAUAUCGAAAUAUUAGACAUUUUGGACGAUUACAACAACUUGGGUGGUAUUACAAUGGAAGAUUCUGAUUUGAAAAAAAUUGAUGAUAAAUCACCAACUAUAAAAGGCAAACAAGAUAAGAGGAUAACGAAAAAAAAUAAAUCGAAUCCCAAAGUUAAUUACAAGUCAACUAAACCAGAGAUAGCUGAUAGUAUUGGUCAUAUGAAUUUCACUGAUGUUGAGUCAGAUGAUCAAUCAUCGUUUAUUAGUGAUCAUUCAAAUGAAAAGGCCAAAGAAGUGAAACCAAGUGAUAAAUCAAUUGUUUUAGUUCCCAAGACGAAUAAACGUCCAAAUUCUGAAAAAGGAUUAUCAAGCGAUGAAAUUGUUGAUAAGAAAAGUAAAAUGGACAUUGAUGGUAUACUUCAUAAUGUACCCAAACCAAAUCCUUUUGAAACGGAACCUUUGAAACCUAUAUCCAAUGAUGAUGUUGUUGAUGGUAACGUUUACGUUAUACCUGCUAAAAGUAUUUUGAAAGACGAUAAAGGUAUUUCUCAUAAUAUACCUGAGAAUCAAAAAAUAAAUGAUCUAGUCGAUAAAUCUGUUCCAAGUUCAAUUGAGGAAUUAUUAAAAACGCCCAUAGAUGGAGAUGGCUUACAACUACCUUCAAUAAACUUUGAUGAAACACCUAUUAAAUCGAUGGAAAAACAUGACAAGAGUCUACCAAACUUAGAAGACUAUAAUAUUGCAUUUUCAAUUCCACAUGACCACAAUAGUCAAAAUAUUGUAGAAAAAAAUAAAUCUAUGGAAAAAUUAAAUCCCAAUUCAAAGGCAAUAAUCGAAAAACCUAAUAUUACUGAAGAAUCUAUUUCUAAUAAACAUGAUAAACCAAAUGUUUAUAGUAAACCCGAAUCUAUAGGUAAUCCUGGAAAGGAUAUCGAAAUAUUAGACAUUUCGGACGAUUACAACAACUUGGGUGGUAUUACAAUGGAAGAUUCUGAUUUGAAAAAAAUUGAUGAUAAAUCACCAACUAUAAAAGGCAAACAAGAUAAGAGGAUAACGAAAAAGAAUAAAUCGAAUCCCAAAGUUAAUUACAAGUCAACUAAACCAGAGAUAGCUGAUAGUAUUGGUAAUAUGAAUUUCACUGAUGUUGAGUCAGAUGAUCAAUCAUCGUUUAUUAGUGAUCAUUCAUAUGAAAAGUCCAAAGAACUGAAACCAAGUGAUAAAUCAAUUGUUUUAGUUCCCAAGACGAAAAAACGUCCAAAUUCUGAAAAAGGAUUAUCAAGCGAUGAAAUUGUUGAUAAGAAUAUUAAAAUGGACAUUGAUGGUAUACUUCAUAAUGUUCCCAAACCAAAUCCUUUUGAAUCGGAACCUUUGAAACCUAUAUCCAAUGAUGAUGUUGUUGAUGGUAACGUUAACGUUAUACCUGCUAAAAGUAUUUUGAAAGACGAUAAAGGUAUUUCUCAUAAUAUACCUGAGAAUCCAAAAAUAAAUGAUCUAGUCGAUAAAUCUGUUCCAAGUUCAAUUGAGGAAUUAUUAAAAAGUCCCAUAGAUGACGAUGGCUUACAACUACCUUCAAUAAACUUUGAUGAAACACCUAUUAAACCGAUGGAAAAACAUGACAUAAUUCUACCAAACUUAGAAGACUAUAAUAUUGCAUUAUCCAAGCCUAUAUCCAAUGAUGAUGCUGUUAAUGGUAAAAUUAACGUUAUACCUACUAAAAGUAUUUUGAAAGACGAUAAAGGUAUUUCUCAUAAUAUACCUGAGAAUCCAAAAAUAAAUGAUCUAGUCGAUAAAUCUGCUCCAAGUUCAAUUGAGGAAUUAUUAAAAAGUCCCAUAGAUGGAGAUGGCUUACAACUACCUUCAAUAAACUUUGAUGAAACGCCUAUUAAACCGAUGGAAAAACAUGACAAGAGUUUACCAAACUCAGAAGACUAUAAUAUUGCAUUUUCAAUUCCACAUGACCACAAUAGUCAAAAUAUUGUAGAAAAAAAUCAAUCUAAGGAAAAAUUAAAUCCCAAUUCAAAGGCAAUAAUCGAAAAACCUAAUAUUACUGAAGAAUCUAUUUCUAAUAAACACGAUAAACCAAAUGUUCAUAGUAAACCCGAAUCUAUAGGUAAUCCUGGAAAGGAUAUCGAAAUAUUAGACAUUUCGGACGAUUACAACAACUUGGGUGGUAUUACAAUGGAAGAUUCUGAUUUGAAAAAAAUUGAUGAUAAAUCACCAACUAUAAAAGGCAAACAAGAUAAGAGGAUAACGAAAAAGAAUAAAUCGAAUCCCAAAGUUAAUUACAAGUCAACUAAACCAGAGAUAGCUGAUAGUAUUGGUAAUAUGAAUUUCACUGAUGUUGAGUCAGAUGAUCAAUCAUCGUUUAUUAGUGAUCAUUCAUAUGAAAAGUCCAAAGAACUGAAACCAAGUGAUAAAUCAAUUGUUUUAGUUCCCAAGACGAAUAAACGUCCAAAUUCUGAAAAAGGAUUAUCAAGCGAUGAAAUUGUUGAUAAGAAUAUUAAAAUGGACAUUGAUGGUAUACUUCAUAAUGUUCCCAAACCAAAUCCUUUUGAAUCGGAACCUUUGAAACCUAUAUCCAAUGAUGAUGUUGUUGAUGGUAACGUUAACGUUAUACCUGCUAAAAGUAUUUUGAAAGACGAUAAAGGUAUUUCUCAUAAUAUACCUGAGAAUCAAAAAAUAAAUGAUCUAGUCGAUAAAUCUGUUCCAAGUUCAAUUGAGGAAUUAUUAAAAAGUCCCAUAGAUGAAGAUGGCUUACAACUACCUUCAAUAAACUUUGAUGAAACACCUAUUAAACCGAUGGAAAAACAUGACAUAAGUCUACCAAACUUAGAAGACUAUAAUAUUGCAUUUUCAAUUCCACAUGACCAGAAUAGUCAAAAUAUUGUAGAAAUAAAUAAAUCUAAGGAAAAAUUAAAUCCCAAUUCAAAGGCAAUAAUCGAAAAACCUAAUAUUACUGAAGAAUCUAUUUCUAAUAAACACGAUAAACCAAAUGUUCAUAGUAAACCCGAAUCUAUAGGUAAUCCUGGAAAGGAUAUCGAAAUAUUAGACAUUUCGGACGAUUACAACAACUUGGGUGGUAUUACAAUAGAAGAUUCUGAUUUGAAAAAAAUUGAUGAUAAAUCACCAACUAUAAAAGGCAAACAAGAUAAGAGGAUAACGAAAAAGAAUAAAUCGAAUCCCAAAGUUAAUUACAAGUCAACUAAACCAGAGAUAGCUGAUAGUAUUGGUAAUAUGAAUUUCACUGAUGUUGAGUCAGAUGAUCAAUCAUCGUUUAUUAGUGAUCAUUCAUAUGAAAAGUCCAAAGAACUGAAACCAAGUGAUAAAUCAAUUGUUUUAGUUCCCAAGACGAAAAAACGUCCAAAUUCUGAAAAAGGAUUAUCAAGCGAUGAAAUUGUUGAUAAGAAUAUUAAAAUGGACAUUGAUGGUAUACUUCAUAAUGUUCCCAAACCAAAUCCUUUUGAAUCGGAACCUUUGAAACCUAUAUCCAAUGAUGAUGUUGUUGAUGGUAACGUUAACGUUAUACCUGCUAAAAGUAUUUUGAAAGACGAUAAAGGUAUUUCUCAUAAUAUACCUGAGAAUCAAAAAAUAAAUUAUCUAGUCGAUAAAUCUGUUCCAAGUUCAAUUGAGGAAUUAUUAAAAAGUCCCAUAGAUGAAGAUGGCUUACAACUACCUUCAAUAAACUUUGAUGAAACACCUAUUAAACCGAUGGAAAAACAUGACAUAAUUCUACCAAACUUAGAAGACUAUAAUAUUGCAUUAUCCAAGCCUAUAUCCAAUGAUGAUGCUGUUAAUGGUAAAAUUAACGUUAUACCUACUAAAAGUAUUUUGAAAGACGAUAAAGGUAUUUCUCAUAAUAUACCUGAGAAUCCAAAAAUAAAUGAUCUAGUCGAUAAAUCUGCUCCAAGUUCAAUUGAGGAAUUAUUAAAAAGUCCCAUAGAUGGAGAUGGCUUACAACUACCUUCAAUAAACUUUGAUGAAACGCCUAUUAAACCGAUGGAAAAACAUGACAAGAGUUUACCAAACUCAGAAGACUAUAAUAUUGCAUUUUCAAUUCCACAUGACCACAAUAGUCAAAAUAUUGUAGAAAAAAAUCAAUCUAAGGAAAAAUUAAAUCCCAAUUCAAAGGCAAUAAUCGAAAAACCUAAUAUUACUGAAGAAUCUAUUUCUAAUAAACACGAUAAACCAAAUGUUCAUAGUAAACCCGAAUCUAUAGGUAAUCCUGGAAAGGAUAUCGAAAUAUUAGACAUUUCGGACGAUUACAACAACUUGGGUGGUAUUACAAUGGAAGAUUCUGAUUUGAAAAAAAUUGAUGAUAAAUCACCAACUAUAAAAGGCAAACAAGAUAAGAGGAUAACGAAAAAGAAUAAAUCGAAUCCCAAAGUUAAUUACAAGUCAACUAAACCAGAGAUAGCUGAUAGUAUUGGUAAUAUGAAUUUCACUGAUGUUGAGUCAGAUGAUCAAUCAUCGUUUAUUAGUGAUCAUUCAUAUGAAAAGUCCAAAGAACUGAAACCAAGUGAUAAAUCAAUUGUUUUAGUUCCCAAGACGAAUAAACGUCCAAAUUCUGAAAAAGGAUUAUCAAGCGAUGAAAUUGUUGAUAAGAAUAUUAAAAUGGACAUUGAUGGUAUACUUCAUAAUGUUCCCAAACCAAAUCCUUUUGAAUCGGAACCUUUGAAACCUAUAUCCAAUGAUGAUGUUGUUGAUGGUAACGUUAACGUUAUACCUGCUAAAAGUAUUUUGAAAGACGAUAAAGGUAUUUCUCAUAAUAUACCUGAGAAUCAAAAAAUAAAUGAUCUAGUCGAUAAAUCUGUUCCAAGUUCAAUUGAGGAAUUAUUAAAAAGUCCCAUAGAUGAAGAUGGCUUACAACUACCUUCAAUAAACUUUGAUGAAACACCUAUUAAACCGAUGGAAAAACAUGACAUAAGUCUACCAAACUUAGAAGACUAUAAUAUUGCAUUUUCAAUUCCACAUGACCACAAUAGUCAAAAUAUUGUAGAAAUAAAUAAAUCUAAGGAAAAAUUAAAUCCCAAUUCAAAGGCAAUAAUCGAAAAACCUAAUAUUACUGAAGAAUCUAUUUCUAAUAAACACGAUAAACCAAAUGUUCAUAGUAAACCCGAAUCUAUAGGUAAUCCUGGAAAGGAUAUCGAAAUAUUAGACAUUUCGGACGAUUACAACAACUUGGGUGGUAUUACAAUGGAAGAUUCUGAUUUGAAAAAAAUUGAUGAUAAAUCACCAACUAUAAAAGGCAAACAAGAUAAGAGGAUAACGAAAAAGAAUAAAUCGAAUCCCAAAGUUAAUUACAAGUCAACUAAACCAGAGAUAGCUGAUAGUAUUGGUAAUAUGAAUUUCACUGAUGUUGAGUCAGAUGAUCAAUCAUCGUUUAUUAGUGAUCAAUCAUAUGAAAAGUCCAAAGAACUGAAACCAAGUGAUAAAUCAAUUGUUUUAGUUCCCAAGACGAAUAAACGUCCAAAUUCUGAAAAAGGAUUAUCAAGCGAUGAAAUUGUUGAUAAGAAUAUUAAAAUGGACAUUGAUGGUAUACUUCAUAAUGUUCCCAAACCAAAUCCUUUUGAAUCGGAACCUUUGAAACCUAUAUCCAAUGAUGAUGUUGUUGAUGGUAACGUUAACGUUAUACCUGCUAAAAGUAUUUUGAAAGACGAUAAAGGUAUUUCUCAUAAUAUACCUGAGAAUCAAAAAAUAAAUGAUCUAGUCGAUAAAUCUGUUCCAAGUUCAAUUGAGGAAUUAUUAAAAAGUCCCAUAGAUGAAGAUGGCUUACAACUACCUUCAAUAAACUUUGAUGAAACACCUAUUAAACCGAUGGAAAAACAUGACAUAAGUCUACCAAACUUAGAAGACUAUAAUAUUGCAUUUUCAAUUCCACAUGACCAGAAUAGUCAAAAUAUUGUAGAAAUAAAUAAAUCUAAGGAAAAAUUAAAUCCCAAUUCAAAGGCAAUAAUCGAAAAACCUAAUAUUACUGAAGAAUCUAUUUCUAAUAAACACGAUAAACCAAAUGUUCAUAGUAAACCCGAAUCUAUAGGUAAUCCUGGAAAGGAUAUCGAAAUAUUAGACAUUUCGGACGAUUACAACAACUUGGGUGGUAUUACAAUAGAAGAUUCUGAUUUGAAAAAAAUUGAUGAUAAAUCACCAACUAUAAAAGGCAAACAAGAUAAGAGGAUAACGAAAAAGAAUAAAUCGAAUCCCAAAGUUAAUUACAAGUCAACUAAACCAGAGAUAGCUGAUAGUAUUGGUAAUAUGAAUUUCACUGAUGUUGAGUCAGAUGAUCAAUCAUCGUUUAUUAGUGAUCAUUCAUAUGAAAAGUCCAAAGAACUGAAACCAAGUGAUAAAUCAAUUGUUUUAGUUCCCAAGACGAAUAAACGUCCAAAUUCUGAAAAAGGAUUAUCAAGCGAUGAAAUUGUUGAUAAGAAUAUUAAAAUGGACUUUGAUGGUAUACUUCAUAAUGUUCCCAAACCAAAUCCUUUUGAAUCGGAACCUUUGAAACCUAUAUCCAAUGAUGAUGUUGUUGAUGGUAACGUUAACGUUAUACCUGCUAAAAGUAUUUUGAAAGACGAUAAAGGUAUUUCUCAUAAUAUACCUGAGAAUCAAAAAAUAAAUGAUCUAGUCGAUAAAUCUGUUCCAAGUUCAAUUGAGGAAUUAUUAAAAAGUCCCAUAGAUGAAGAUGGCUUACAACUACCUUCAAUAAACUUUGAUGAAACACCUAUUAAACCGAUGGAAAAACAUGACAUAAGUCUACCAAACUUAGAAGACUAUAAUAUUGCAUUUUCAAUUCCACAUGACCACAAUAGUCAAAAUAUUGUAGAAAUAAAUAAAUCUAAGGAAAAAUUAAAUCCCAAUUCAAAGGCAAUAAUCGAAAAACCUAAUAUUACUGAAGAAUCUAUUUCUAAUAAACACGAUAAACCAAAUGUUCAUAGUAAACCCGAAUCUAUAGGUAAUCCUGGAAAGGAUAUCGAAAUAUUAGACAUUUCGGACGAUUACAACAACUUGGGUGGUAUUACAAUGGAAGAUUCUGAUUUGAAAAAAAUUGAUGAUAAAUCACCAACUAUAAAAGGCAAACAAGAUAAGAGGAUAACGAAAAAGAAUAAAUCGAAUCCCAAAGUUAAUUACAAGUCAACUAAACCAGAGAUAGCUGAUAGUAUUGGUAAUAUGAAUUUCACUGAUGUUGAGUCAGAUGAUCAAUCAUCGUUUAUUAGUGAUCAUUCAAAUGAAAAGGCCAAAGAAGUGAAACCAAGUGAUAAAUCAAUUGUUUCAGUUCCCACGACGAAUAAACUCCCAAAUUCUGAAAAAGGGUUAUUAACCAAUGACACUUUUGAUAAGAAGACUAAAAUGGACGAUCAUUUUAUUCGUCAUAAAGUACUUCAACCAAAUCCUUUUGAAUCAGAAACUGGGAAACCUAUAUCCGAUGAUGGUGCUGUUAAUAGUAAAAGUAACGUUAUACCUAUUCCAUGUAUUUCGAAAGACGAAGAGAUUCCUGAUAUAAACAAAACUAAAGUUAAAUUACCAAGUAGAAUUAUAAUACAGAAAAAAACUGGUAAUAAUAUAGUACCAUCUACCAAUGUACAUGAAAACAUUUUUCCAGGAAAUUCUGAGAAUGAAGUUAAUUUAUCAAAUUCUAGCCAAAACAUUUUUGAACCAAAUUCACUCAACUCUAAAGCUUCUAACCCUGAUAAACAUAUUUUAAUUACUAAUGAAGACGAACAUUCAUUGGUUUUAAAUGUAAUUGAUAAACAUAAUAAUAGUUUAUUAGAUGACGAUGGAGAAAUUAAUUUUAAUCCUGGUUGUGAAACCAGGCCUACCAUGGAUAAGUCCAAAUAUAUUCCAGUUAAUCGAAUCAAACAACAAAAUAAUGCAUUUUUGGGAACAGUACCCAACAUGGAACAUGCCAUGAAUAAAGCCCCUUAUACGUCAGAUUAUAAUUUACUGAAAGAAGAUGAUAAUCCAUAUGGUUACAUGUUACCCAAGUUUAGCACAAAAUAUAUUGAGGGUGGUGAUUCAAAUAAUUUAUGGGAAACCGUUCCGCCAAAAAAAAAUCACGAUUUCAGUACACAUAAGGAAUCUGAUUAUUAUAAUAAUGAUAUAAAUCAGUCCGUGGAUUAUACUAUGAAUAAUAUUAUUUCUAGUCACCUUAAUAAUGAUAAAAAAAUUAUAUCAGAAACUGAAACUGUCAAAAAUAGUUAUGAUGAUAAAUUAAAUACUGAUAUUCACAGUAAAAUGUACGAUGAUUUCGUCAAGAAAAUGUCAGAACAAUUGUUUAAAAAAAUCGAUAAUAUUGAUGAUAAAAUUUCUAAAUUGGAUAAAUUAUCUAAUAAUAGUUCUUACAUCACACAAAGUUACAAUUUAAGAUCUGAUGAUCCUGGUAGAAAAAAAAUUAUACUUAUGAAUGAUUUACCUAUUAGUAAACCAAAACACAAUAUAGAAGAGCCUGAUUCAGAGUUAGAUUCAAAAAUAAAUAAUUCAGUAGAAAGUCAUGAAACAAUGAUAAGUGAUAAAAGUAAUGAUGAAAAUGUAAUCAAAGAAUCUACAAAACCAAAGAAAGAUAAACAUAAAAAACAUAAGAUGCUCAAUAAAAAACAUAAAAAGCAUUCAAAACACGACAGGCAUAAAAAGAAGAAAAAUCAUAAGAAAAAUGAUAAAAAUGAUAGUUACAAUGAUGAUGAAGAUGAUAAUAAUGAUGACGUUGAUAGCCGGUAUAAAAAAUAUAAAAUUCAUAAGAAAAAUGAUAAGAAGUAUGAUGAUGACAAGCAUAAAAAGAAUAAAAGCCGCAAAAAAAAAGAAAUGAUUGAUAGCGAUGUUGAUGAUGAUGAUGAUAAUGGUAGGGUUAAAAAGAAAAGUCGUAAGAAAAAUUAUAUUAAUGAUGAUGAAGUCGAAGUUUCACGAAAUAAAAAAACUGAUGGUAAAAAGAAAAACAAGAUGAAAGCAAACAUAUCACCCAAUGAAAGCAAUGAAGUCAAUAAUAGUUCUAGUCUUCAAAUUAACAGUGAAGAUGAUGAUUCUGUAAAAGGUUUAAAAAUUAAAAGUAAAUCAAAAAAUUCCAAAAAAACCAAUUCAACUAAAAGAAAAAAAUCGUCUCCUAAGAAAAAGUCAAAACAUAUGAAACAUUCCAAAUCUAUCAAGUAUAACAAUAAAGAGAUUCCUGUAGAUGUCAGUGAUGAAGAUUCAAGUCGUAAUAAUAAUCAAAAUAAUGUACCAAAAGAGAAAACGCAUAAACAAAAAAAGCGUAAACAUAAAAAGCAUAAGAAACCAUUAAAAACUAGUAAAACUUACAAAUAUAAAGAAAUCCCCGUAGAUAACGAAGAUAAAAUUUCAGAUGAAAAUAAUGUUAAUUUAGAAGAAACCUAUAAUAUAAACAUUACUAAUGAUGAUAAUGCACUGAAACAGAAAAGGCUUAGACAUAAAAGACUUAAAAAAAUGAAGAAUAUUGAUAUUAAUAUUGUAAAAGACACUGACAAUCAAGUUCUAAAUAGAGAUACUAAUACGAAGCGUGGAUAUCAAUUUUACACUUUUUAUCCACAAUAUCGAUACACAAAUCCAUUUGCAAGACUUUUUUACUAA